UUGUAUGAGGUAAACAUAUUGGAAAUCUACUACCGCAAAAUUCUGUAUCAUCCAUUGUUGUAAUUAUUCGGUUGAGAUGGAGUUGCUGCUGUUCACACCAAUACACAUAAAUGAAUAAAUAUUACUACUAAAAAUAUACAGCAUUGUGACAGCUAUUUAACUCAAAAAAAUCAUUUCCAAUUGAAAUUCCCAAAAAAAGAUUAUUUUGACUGCGAAUACUGUGCAAACAAAAUUGAUGUAAAAUAUUUUUUAUUGUACAAUUUGUAUAAAUUAAAUUUUAAAAUGGAAGAAUUUGGACAAUCAACCACAGAUCUGGAUUCUGGUCUCAUCGAUGAAAUCGUUUGUAAAGUGAAAUCUGAAGGCCUUUUUGAUCAGUUUCGUCGUGAAUGUUUAGCAGAUGUUGAUACAAAGCCGGCAUAUCAAAAUCUUCAGCAUCGUGUCGAAUCAGCUGUUAGUCUGUUUUUAGAUGAACAAACAUGGAGUUCACAAUUGAAUAAAAAUCAACUUCGUGAAAAACUGCGAAAAUUGACCACAGAAAAACGAUUUUUCGAAGCGGGUAUCGAAAGAAUUAUUGACCAAGUUGUUAUUCCAAAAUUGAAUACGAACUUUGUGCCAAAGAUUGAAGAUGUUGCUUAUAAGCUAUUAGGUUUGGAGAAACCAUUGUUAAACAUAAAAAAGGAAUUGGAAAUCGAUGCCGAUGUUUUAUUGCCUAAUUAUGAAUUGGAACAAGUAAGUCCCGAGUCAGAAAAGUCCCAUUCGAACGAAUCAAAAUGUAAUACAUAUGAAACGAGUUUAAAAUAUGAUAUGCACGAGGAGCUGGAUGGUAAAAAUGAAGAUUUAGAAUCGCCGGCCUUUGAACCAAUCGAACCGUGCUCGGACAAAAUAUUCAAAACCGAAUCAACCGAAUUAAUGGAUAACGACGAUAUGGACAUUUCGGACGGUGAUGAUGGCGAACAAAUCAAUGGUUUCAACAAUUCAAAUGCUGACGAAGUUAAAUCAAAUCUAUCAUCAAUAAGUGGUUUAACAUCAAACGAUUCAAAUUCCAGUUCAUUUGAUAAUUUCAAGGUAACCACAGAAAAUCACACAUCAAUCGAUGUGAAUGAUGGUAAUACAAAUGUGACCAAUGUUGUACCACAAGAGAAAUCAAUUCAAUCGACUGAAAAUCAUGUGGCACCAGAAAUAACAAUUGGCUGUGCCGAACGUCUACCAUUGUCAGAGAAUAUCAUUUCAAAUAAUAUGAGUUUUAAUCAAGACUCAAUGUUAUCGCAAGAUCAACUGUCGCAAGUAUCAAGUUCAAGUCGAUUGUCCAUUGUCACGAAUAACAAUACAAAUACACAGGUGGGCGAUGUCGAGUAUGAGAGUAAUGUUGCCAUUGAUGAAACCAGCCAUGUAAAUGUUCCAAAACAUACUACACAAACGGUGUGCCCGUAUGGAAUAAGUGAAGAGGCACAAAUGCAAAAAUUCAAUGAAAGUUCAUCGUCAAGUAAUAGUUUAGUUAUUGAAACCGAUAAUAUGGAUGUUCAACCGUGUGCAUCGGAAAAGAAAGUGUUAGUCACAAGUUUUGAUAUUAAAAGAGAAGAAAUUAAAUUUCAAGGUACCGAACGAAAAUUUUAUGACAUUAGUACAAAUCGAGAGAAUGACAAUAAGGAAGACAAUGGCAAGGGUUAUGAUGAAGAUGAUACGAAAACAGGGGCAGCAUUUGAUAGUCAACAAAUCGCCGAUUCAAAUCAUGAAUCAAAUGAAGAAGACACGUCCAAGGAAUCAAAAUUAAUGUCCAAUUCGUUUGAAGAAAACCAAGAAGAUAUGCAACCAUCGUCGAGCCAAAGCUAUAACGAUGAUGAUAGUAAUACGUUUAGGCGCCAAAAAGACAAACAUCAUCACAAAUCUCAGUCUCACGAUGAUGGACGAAAAAACUCUACGGAAGACAUUGAUAGCAAAUCUAAUUCGAGAAGAAGCAGACAUCGAAAUUCUUCAAAAAGAGAUGUUGACAAUGAUAAGAGAGAUAGAAAGCACAAUGAAUCACCACACAGCAGUUUGGAUCGAAAGAAGACAUUAAAAAACGAUAAAAAUUCAAGUAAACAAAAAGAUCGUACCGAAUCGCAUCGUUCAAGUUGUCACAAAGAUAAAGCCACAUCACGGCAACGUUCACGCUCAAAAGAUUCAAACGAUGGUUUUGCUCAUCCAAAUGUGCAAGGUUCAUUCAAUUGCAAUGAAACCAAUAUUGUUAAUCAGGGUCAAACAACGGCAAAUUCAUCAAAUGACGGCGAUCACGUAACAACAACAUCCGAAGGUACAACGAACGCCAAUGAUUCAAAGCAAUCAACCGACAUGUUGGAUGCUGUUCACGAAAAUCAACCAUUUGAAUUGUCGCAUCAAUAUGCCGAACAUGAGAAAAGUAUGAUAUCAAAUUCACCGGUAGUUAUUGAUCAAAUAUUGACGGGCAAUGAACUUGACUUGAAAUCUUUCAUCGGAGAUAAUCGAGACGAUCCCAUUGUAUCGUCGAUCGAACAAUCACUUGAAAUAAAAGAGAAAAAACCAAAGGUGGCCGAUAAUUUUGAAGACGCAAAACGUAUGAGAAAAAUUCGAAAACAAAUUGAAUUAAAAAAUCAAAAGCAAAUAGAAAAAGCAACCGUUUUAGCAAAACAGUAUAUCGCAUCAAACGCAUCGACUGUACGGGAUGACACAAAAGGUGGCAUCGAAUUGGAGUUCGUGUGCUCCGAAAAUAAGAAAGGAAUUAAUAUAACCGGUCCAAUAAUUUCCAGUCCAAUCAAUUAUAUCAAUGGAAAAUCAUUACUGACGUCAACGUUGACAUCAACAUUGAUCGCAACAAUGAAAACUGAUGAAAUAACAUCGCCCGCUAAUAAAUUUAAAUUUGAUGACGAUAAGGAAUUGAUUGGUUUUGAUACAACUGAAAUUGAAUUUGCGGAAAAAUGUCAUCAACAUUUUUUGUCAAUCAAUAUAGCUUUAGGAAAAUGUUCGACAAAACCAGUGUCAAUAUCAAGCCAACGAAUGGCAAACGACAAACAGAAUCAUAUUCAUGAAAAUAGCAAAGACUUCAACGAUGUUGAACUAACAAAACCAUGCAAUCGUAAACGAAAAGCAGAUGCUAAUAAUACCCAACCAGAUCCAAAAUCGUCAACAGUUCGUGAUGAUGAAGUUCUAUUGGCAAAUGUUUUCAUCUCAAAAACGUCGCGAGAAUGUAAUUUUAAAUCAGAUGCAACACGUAUAGAUGACCAAAUCUCGACUAAAAGUAGUAUCGAAAAGCAGCGACAAAAGACUAGAUAUUCAAAUGAUGAUUUAUUUAAACCGAGGCCUUUGCUGGGAGGAGUAUCUCGCCGUCGUCGGGGAUUCAAUUGCAAUGAAUAAAGUUCAGUUUUUUCAAAAAAAAGAAGAGAAAAAAAAUAUGAUCAAAAAAUAAAACAUAAUUUACAUUCGCA